GCGGCCCCCGCCUCCUGGCAGCCGGGAGCACCCCGCGCCCCGGCCCGGCUUAGCGCAGCGCCCUCCUGGCGGCGGCGGCGGCGGCGCAAUGCUGUGCUUCUUGAGGGGCAUGGCGUUCGUCCCCUUCCUCCUGGUGACCUGGUCGUCCGCUGCCUUCAUCAUCUCCUACGUGGUCGCCGUGCUUAACGGGCACGUCAACCCCUUCCUCCCUUACAUCAGUGAUACAGGAACAACACCUCCAGAGAGUGGUAUUUUUGGAUUCAUGAUAAACUUCUCUGCAUUUCUUGGUGCAGCCACGAUGUACACAAGAUAUAAAAUAGUAGAGAAGCAAAAUGAAACUUGGUAUUUCAGCACUCCUGUUUUUAACUUGGUGUCGUUCGUUCUUGGAUUGGUAGGAUGUAUUGGAAUGGGCAUUGUAGCCAAUUUUCAGGAGUUAGCUGUCCCGGUAGUCCACGAUGGGGGCGCCCUUUUGGCUUUUGUCUGCGGUGUUGUGUACACGCUCCUGCAGUCCAUCAUCUCUUACAAAUCGUGUCCCCAGUGGAACAGCCUCACGACGUGUCACGUACGCAUGGCCAUUUCUGCUGUUUCCUGCGCAGCCGUUGUCCCCAUGAUUGCCUGUGCGUCACUAAUUUCUAUAACCAAACUGGAGUGGAAUCCAAAAGAAAAGGAUUAUGUGUAUCAUGUGGUAAGUGCGAUCUGUGAAUGGACGGUGGCCUUUGGUUUUAUUUUCUACUUCCUAACCUUCAUCCAAGAUUUCCAGAGUGCCACCCUAAGGAUAUCCACAGAAAUCAAUGAUGACAUUUGAAGAAAGAAUUAUAUCUCAGUCAAUCAAUGUCAGAGACAGUUUCCAAAAGUGGUAUAGAGGACAGGCAGGGUUUUGACGGUGACCUGAUUCCAAUGCAUCUGCAGCACACCCAGGACUUGAAACUCAUUACAAAAGCAUUCCCAAUAGUUAUACUAUUUCCAAAGGUAUGUUUUCCUAGAGAAUGUAGAUAAUGAAUAACAUUGUAGCAAUGUUUUAUAAUUUUCUAAAUAGAUGCUUUUUUUAUAUUAACAAAUUCAUACUGAAAAGAUAAAGUGUUAUCGAAAAUGAAGAGCUUUUAUUUUUGUACAGAUUUGGUUUUAUUUUGUGUGCUUUAUGGAAAUAUACUAAGCGAGGAGUUUUAAGUUUAGCACAUUUAUUUAAACAUAAAAUUGGGGAGGGGGUAUUCAUUUGUAAAUUUUAUUUUUGGAGAAUGAACUGUAUAAUUUUAUAUCAUGAGAGCAUUUAUAUAAAGUUAAAUAUAUAAUGAUCAUAUACCCAAAUCAUGAAGAUUUAGCUAAUAAAUAGACACUAAUUAAGGUACUCUGAUUUUUAGAUGAACUAAGCAAAAUGCUCCUAUUGAGAAGCCUUAAUACCUCUGUGCAUAUCAACAUUAAGUGAACACCCAAGGCCUCGAUUUUGAAACCUCUCUCCCUACGCCUCCCUGCUCACAGGGCCAUGGCUUUGACCCUUGCUACUAAUUACCAGUCCACAGUGGGAGUAAUUCCAGUGGGAUGGAGUCAGCAAAAGGCAGAUUAGAAAUAAAAAGCCUUGGAACAACAGAGUAAAAUGGAAGCAAGCGACCGGAUAACAGGAAAAUCUCCUGGAUUUCAGAUUCGUGUCUUUGCUAGGUGGGCAACAGGGGAAGAGCAGCCAGCCUGUCUCAGGUUUGUGGCAGGCAGGGCCGUGGAAAGGAGACUUUUGCUUAUUAAUACUAAAGUUCUGCAAAAGCCCAACCUGUGAAAAGCAUUUCUAAAACCAGCCUUUAUUGUUACUGGCAUAACUCAGAUGCUGAAGCUCAGGUCUUGAUUUCGUUUUAUGCUAG